AUGCAAAUCCAGGACUGGGCCCGCGCUUUUCCUCGGCCGCGACACUCUCGUGUCAUGAAGCCAAGGAGUGCUGGAAAUAGUCCCUCAUCGAUGAGCAGGAGGAGGACAACUGUUGCUCAAAGUGGGAUGCAAGGAGUCCCGAAUCAGUAUAAAUCCUCGCUGGAAGCCGCUCUGCUGGCAUCUGCAGGCAACCCUCGCCCUAUGAGUUGGCAUUCGUCUUCGACCAGGACUAGAGGACUCUCCAAUUCGACAUACUUUCCCGACUAUAACCAGAACUAUACCGACAUGAGCACCAUUCCCGAUCAGUCUCUCGAUAUGAAUGCUUUUUCUGUAUACGGUAGCGAGAGCAUGCUUUCAUAUCCCAUGUCUGCCGACCCAGCAGUCUCGCCAGACAGUUAUUUCCCCUUCUACCUUGACACUCAGAACACUAUGCCUCUUCAACAAACUAUGCCCUACUCGCAGGCCGAGUCAAUGGCAUGGGAUACCUCCAACCACAUCGACAUGUCGGCUAUCUCUCAAACAACCUCUGAUGGAUGGCCACUCGACAUGCUAUCAAUGGCCAACAUCCCCCCUCCCCAAACCACAUGCCCCAGCUACGCGAGUGUUCCAUCUCCAGGAGAGCUUAGCGGUCCAUCGACUCCUGAUUUCCUCCCCAUCCAGCAAUUCGAGUCGCCCGCCUCUUUCCACGAAAAGAAGCCGGGCAAAGGUGAGGAGGAGUUGGUCGGCAUGGGACUGUACAGCCAUCCGGAUGGCUCCAUCGGUCAGUCGCAGCAGGGUAUUUUGGGCAAGGGACUGAAGCUCGAGGAAACUUUCUCGCCAUCCGACGACGAAAAAGACGAGGAUCCUGAUGCCGACGAUGAUGCAAACGAUCUGGAACCUGUUCCUCAACACAGUCCAGUGCAACAGUCUGCCCCCAUGACACAGAAUGUCUCCAUGCCCAGACAGUAUGCUCAACCAGCACUGAACCUGCUUCACAAGUCUUUCUUUUUCGACAAUGACGACACGGAUCAGCAAAUGCCUUCGGCGCCCUUUGCUAGCCUGAAUCAAUCAUGCAUGAGCUAUGGAUACGGGUGGAUCUGA